AUGGAGGAAAAGAAACCAGAAGAGGAGAAAAAGGAAGGAGAAGAAAAGAAAGUGGAGAGUGAUGAGAAAAAAGGAGAAGAAUCUGAGAAGAAAACUCAAGAAGGAGAACCUACUAAAGAUUCCAAAGAUGAGUCUCCACCGGCAGCGCCGGAGGCUCCAGCACCACCUCCUCCACCUCAAGAGAUCGUCCUUAAGGUUUACAUGCACUGUGAAGGCUGUGCUAGAAAAGUCCGCCGUUGCCUCAAAGGCUUUGAAGGAGUGGAAGAUGUGAUGACUGAUUGUAAAUCGGGGAAAGUGGUGGUCAAGGGAGAGAAAGCUGAUCCAUUGAAAGUAUUAGCCAGAGUUCAAAGGAAGACCCACCGUCAAGUUGUGCUUAUUUCUCCGAUUCCUCCGCCGUCUCCGCCACCGGAAAAGAAAGCAGAAGAGGAAAAACCCAAAGUGGAAGAGAAGAAAGUAGAGCCUCCCGUUGUGGUUACGGUGGUCCUUAAGGUUUUUAUGCACUGCGAAGCUUGUGCGACGGAGAUCAAGAAACGAAUCAUGAGAAUGAAAGGAGUGGAAUCUGCUGAAUCGGAUUUAAAGGGUUCUCAAGUGACAGUGAAAGGAGUGUUUGAACCGCAAAAGCUAGUAGACUACGUUUAUAAACGGACAGGGAAACAUGCUGCGGUUAUGAAAGUUGACCCACCACCUCCCCCACCACCCGAGGAAGCGGCUCCGGCGGCGGCUGCGGCGGAAGGAGAGAAGAAAGAAGAAGGUAAAGGAGAAGAAAAAGGUGGAGGAGGAGAAUCCAAAAGCGAGGAAGGGAAAGAGGAAAAGCCAAAGAAGGAUGAAGAAAAGAAAGAAGUGGAGGCUGGUAAAGGCGACGGCGAAGCAGCUGAAAAAGGCGGAGGAGGAGGUGGUGAAAGCGGUGGUGGUGGUGGUGGGGAGGAAGAGGCAAAAGUUGUGGAGGUGAAGAAGAUAGAGAAUCCUUAUUACUACUAUUAUUAUCAACCGCCGCGUGUGGCUGUUCCUCCUAUGGAAAUGCCGCCUCAUGCAUAUCCGCAUGCUUACCCGCCUCAGCUAUUCAGCGACGAGAAUCCAAACGCAUGUUCCAUAAUGUAACAAAGAAAACCGCAAACGCUAAAAUGGUUUAUAUGGGGAAUAUUUGAACAUUUUUGAUUAAGUGGAUACAUGUUGGAUCUCUCUUGGUUUUCUUUUUACUGUGGUUGUGGGCCUUGUGGCUAUAUAUAUAUAUAUAAUCAAUAAAAUAAAUAGAUUACAGUAUAAAAUCAAUAAAAUAAAUAGAUUACAGUAGUUUAUACUAUACAUUUGUUUUAAUUUAUGGUACAUAUAAUUAAACUUUAAACUUUUGAGCUGCACCAAUUUGAUGCUAUCAUCCCACGCAUUUUCAAUAUAUAUACCAUUUUGUACAUAUUUAGAUAUGGUUAGCUAGACUCCUAGUUUACUAAGUUACCAUGUAACAGUACAACUGUAGUUUGC